CACCGCGGCCAGCCUGGCUCCGCCCUGCUCUCCCGGCCACAGCGCGGGGUGGAGGCCAUGGACGUCAACCAGUCCAAGCAGGAGCACUUGCUGGCUCUGAAAGUGAUGAGGCUAACCAAACCUACUUUAUUCACUAAUAUUCCGGUGACUUGUGAAGAAAGAGAUUUGCCAGGUAAUCUCUUUAAUCAGCUCAUGAAAGAUGAUCCUUCUACUGUAAAGGGUGCAGAAACUUUGAUGUUAGGAGAAAUGCUGACGCUGCCUCAAAAUUUUGGAAACAUAUUUCUGGGUGAGACGUUUUCCAGUUAUAUUAGUGUGCACAAUGAUAGUAAUCAGGUUGUCAAGGACAUACUGGUGAAGGCUGAUCUUCAGACAAGUUCUCAGCGUUUGAACCUUUCAGCUUCUAGUGCUGCAGUGGCAGAACUUAAACCUGACUGUUGCAUUGAUGAUGUGAUCCAUCAUGAAGUAAAGGAAAUAGGAACACACAUCUUAGUUUGUGCAGUAAGUUACACUAUGCAGACUGGAGAGAAGAUGUAUUUCAGAAAGUUCUUCAAAUUUCAGGUUCUUAAACCAUUAGAUGUGAAAACCAAAUUCUACAAUGCUGAGAGUGACCUCAGUUCUGUGACAGAUGAAGUUUUUCUGGAAGCUCAAAUACAGAAUAUCACUACCUCUCCAAUGUUUAUGGAGAAGGUUUCUUUAGAGCCAUCUAUGAUGUACAAUGUUGCAGAACUGAACACAGUUGACACAGUAGGGAAAAGUGAAUCUACUUUUGGCGCAAGGACUUACUUACAACCUAUGGAUACACGCCAGUACUUAUACUGUCUAAAACCAAAGCAAGAAUUCGCAGAGAAAGCUGGAGUAAUAAAAGGUGUAACAGUGAUUGGUAAACUAGAUAUUGUAUGGAAAACUAAUCUGGGUGAACGAGGAAGGCUGCAAACUAGCCAGCUCCAAAGAAUGGCUCCUGGCUAUGGUGAUGUGAGGCUUUCUUUGGAGACAAUACCAGACACUGUAAAUUUGGAAGAACCUUUUGACAUUACAUGUAAAAUAACAAAUUGCAGCAGUGAAAGGACUAUGGAUCUGGUUUUAGAAAUGUGCAAUACCAAUUCCAUCCACUGGUGUGGAGUUUCAGGAAGGCAACUUGGAAAGCUGCACCCAAGUUCAUCCCUCCAUCUUGCACUUACAUUGUUGUCUUCAGUGCAGGGAUUGCAAAGCGUCUCUGGCUUAAGACUUACAGACACGUUUUUGAAGAGAACAUAUGAGUAUGAUGAUAUUGCACAAGUCUGUGUAGUUUCUUCUGAAGUCAAACAAAGCUGAAGAAAAAAAUUCUGUGGUUCUGCUGUUCUUUUUUUUACCAACUUCUUGAUGCUUCUGCAGUCAAAUCAUACUAAAAUGUGUGCAAACAAACAAAAUGCUUAUAUAGCUGUAAAUGUAGUUGUGAUGAUUUAAUUUAUCUGAGCAUUUCUUGAAUGUUUUAAAAUCUUUUAAAACCAUGCUAGGCAUUUUAUCUACUAAAAUAAAACCUUUGUAAAAAGCGUAGCUCUAGCAAAUUAUACUGCAGUAACAUAACAUCACUUCAGCAUGAGAAUGAGAUUGA